AUGCCUAUUAAAGAAUCGAAUUCUAGUCUGGUCGAGAAGGAAGCAAACGCACUUAAAGCACAAAACCCCAAUCAACAUAACCAAGAGGCGAAUAAUAAUGGUAAGAAUAUACCGGGCAAGCUUGAUCCGCAAAAGCUAUUUGACUUGGUUUCCAAAAACUAUGACACCUGGCUGCAGGUAAUGAGUAAGCAGUUCAAAGACGAAGAAAAUUUUCUGCCGUUUCCUAAAGAUGAGUCGGGGGAUAAAAAUUCACAACCGAUUUUCAACUACACCUUGUUAGAGGCCUUGGAGAAGGCAUCUUCAGAUUUUUCAGAAAAAGCGAAUGAUAUAAAUGUAGAGGAAGGAAAGAAAGACAUACCGAGUAACGAGCAACAAGUCAAAGAGAAAUCGUCACAGGCCACUGUCGAGGUUGAAAGUCCAAAUAUUGAAAAGACUUCUUCGACCUCGUGUGAAUCUCUAUUAAAAGAAUCCGAAAUUAACUUUCUUCGGAACAAAAUAACACAAAUGAUAGCAUCUAAUAAUUUUUCGAUAAAUAAUUACAAGACCCCAAAACGAGAAGGAUUCUCACUCUAUGAUACACAGGAUGAAGAAGGAUUGCACGACGGCAAUACCGAUCAGUUUUAUGAUGAUGAGCAGGAUGAUUAUGAUUUGGAGGAGGUUCAAGAUGACUUUCUGUAUGACUAUAUGGGUCAGCGCCGUAUUGAAGUUGAACUAAAUACAGCACCUGAAUGUGAAACACACGGGUUUGAAGAAUGCGAUUGUCCAAUUUUUCACACAGGGAGAGGUAGUGAGUAUCGUACUGGCUCAUAUGGCUUUGAUGAAGAUGAAGACGGCCCGUCAUGUGAGUUCACGUUUGAAUAUGAUAAUAAAGGAAAAUUGGUGCCCACAUAUAGUAACGUGGAAGAAAAAUUAAGGUUAAUGAAUUUGGAAUCUAGAAUUUCAACAAAUAGUAAUCGUAAUAACUUGCAAUUACCGUCGAUAAACGAAAUAAAUGCUGGAGGGUCUCAAAAUGCUGACAAUUCGUCAUCAAAAAGUAAAAAGAAGAAUAAGAAGAAAAAAAGAUCCAAUUCCAAUACGACUAACUCAAAGCAAUCAAAGCCAGCCUCGGAUUCACACUCUAACCCAAAUGUACAUAGCAAUCCGGUCUUUGGUUCUUGCUGCUUGUUUUGCGAGUACGAGGUAAUCUAUGGCUCGAAGCCUCGCCAGAUGAUAAAAUGGUACGACCAGAGAAUCCAGAAAGAAGAGCAAAGAAGACUAGAAAUAAAAACAAAGCUUGAAAAUGCCAAGCUGAGAGCUUUAAAGAAGCAAAGAGAGUUGAGGCAGAAGCAAUUACAACAGAAUAGCUUAGAACAUCCACCUUCUCAUACAAAAACAGAAAUUAAUGCCAUUCCAAGCAGCCCCAAGGAUGAUACUCAACUCAAUAAUUUGGAUACUGAUCAGAAAUAG